AUGAGGAAUAGUUCCAUCAGUGGUGGUGGUGGUGGUGGUGGUGGUGGUUUUGGAAGUAAUAAUAAUAAUAACAAUAAUAAUAAUCAUAGUACGACACGAUCAUCAUCUCCAUCGUUUUCAUCAUCAAGGCCCUUAGGAACGUUUUCAGCAACAUUGCCAGCUUCGGGCCCUAAUAGAGGAAAAUCAGCAACAGGAAUAUCGUCUCUUUCAAAAUCCUCUCAGUUCGGAUCGGGAACGAAACAUAAAUUAAAUUCUCUUUCGAGUAGCACUGGUGGGAUCGGCUCAUCUUCAAGCUUGACUGCAGCGUCAACAACUCCAGCCAAUUCAGCCAAUAUCUCCUCGUCCAGCUCACCAACAACAAUCAUUGAUACUAAGGUUACAUCGCCUAAACCAAACACAUCUCCUCUCAUUCAUUUCUUUUCUUCUUCGACCUCUACGGGCACAAAACGAGGGAUUGGAUCAGCUGGAGGAGAUUUUCAUCAACCAGUGCGGAACUCAUUCAGCGUCAAUGCAUCAAAUGCAAACUCGAAUGGCGUUAAAAAUCAGCCCUUAUCACCUCUAGGAAGAAAAAAGAAUGAAGAAAAAAAUUUCCAAUCUCUCACUCCAACAACAAAGACUAUUUCGCCAAUAUCUCCCACAAAUAGCUCCAAACAAACGCCCACUCCUUUCACUGUAUCAACAUUUGAAGAAGAAGAAGAUGUUGACACAAUCGAAGCAUCCUAUAUUAAUCACCACCCCAUAACACCCAUUGCCAAGAGUAAUAAUCCCUUUGAUCUUCCCUCGACAUACAAUAUUAACAAGCAAUUAUUUUCAGAGGCUAUUUCACCCUCAAAAAUACCACUUCUCUCACCUCCACCCAUUCCAAAAUCUAAACUGAACCUGCAAUAUCGAAUUAAAAAAGCCUCCUCAGGAAGUGGGGCUGAUGCAAAUGCAAGCAUUAGUGAAAAAGCCCUUAAAGUGUCAGUGUAUAGUAAACAAAAACCAAUGUGUGACGAGAAUACUCAUCCAACUGGAGAAGACGCUUACUAUUGUUGCUACAGCGCGAAACAUGAAGUGUAUAGCUUUGGUAUUGCUGAUGGGGUUGGUGGCUGGAUGGCAUUCGAUAUUGAUCCAUCCCUAGUGAGUCGCCAAUUAAUGUGGAACUGCAAACUGUUGCUCUGUAGCGAUCAACUGAAUCAAUUUGUGACAGAAAAUAAUUAUCACGUUCCAAAAGAAUAUGAACAAAUGGUAGCGAAAGGUCUUGAACUUCCUCAGGUCAUACAUCCAAAAAUUCUAUUGGAGAGAGCGUUUAGGUUGAUGACCGAAUUCAAUCAAGUGAAAGCAGGAGGAACUACGGCAUGUAUAAUCUUUCUAAAACCUCUGCCUCAAAACUUGUAUCAACUUUCCUAUGCAAAUCUUGGUGACUCUGGAUUCGCUGUGGUAAACAAGCAAAAAAGCAAGAUACUCUAUCGAAGUAAGGAGCAACAACACUAUUUCAAUGCUCCUUAUCAACUUUCGGUAAUACCUCCGGAACUUGAUAGUGACGAAUUAAUUAAGGACGAUCCUAGUUGUGCCGAUUUACACAUCAAUUGCUGUACUCUACGUGAAGGAGACUAUAUUGUACUUGCAACAGAUGGACUCUUUGAUAAUCUUUUUGAUUCGGACAUUCUGAAAAUUAUGAGGUCAGCAACAAGUUGCCACAGUAUUUCAAAAAAGCUUGUGCAAGAAGCGGUGAAGAGGUACAACUCACCAACGCUCCCUAAUCACACUCCCUUCUCAAUGGGAUUGAGUAAGGUGACUGGGGAAUUCAAAAGACAUGGCAAAUCUGAUGACGUAACUGUAUGCUGUGUUUCUGUUUGCUGUAAUUAA